AUGGGAACGAUUAAUAAUUAUCAAUUAAGUAAAGAAUGCCUUGGAAAAGGUUCUUUCGGUUCUGUCUACAAAGCUUUGAAUAUGGUAACUGGUGAAGCGGUAGCAAUUAAACAGUUUGGAAAAUUUCCUGAAAACCUUGUUGCUCUAUAUGUUAGUCAAGUUUUAGAAGGGUUACUAUAUCUUCAUGAUCAAGGUGUUAUACAUCGUGAUAUAAAAGGUGCAAAUAUAUUAACCACAAAAGAAGGUUUAGUUAAAUUAGCUGAUUUUGGUGUUGCUACAAAAACUGCAAAUCUUGGUGAUUUAUCCGUAGUUGGUUCUCCUUAUUGGAUGGCUCCUGAAAUAAUUGAAUUAUCUGGUGCUACUACUUCUUCUGAUAUUUGGAGUGUUGGUUGUGUUGUUAUUGAACUUUUAGAAGGAAAACCUCCUUAUCAUAAUUUAGAUCCAAUGCCUGCUCUUUUUCGUAUUGUUGAAGAUGAUCAUCCCCCUUUACCUGAAAGUGCUUCUCCAGCUGUUAAAGAUUUUCUUAUGCAAUGUUUUCAAAAAGAUAGUAACCUUCGUGUAUCUGCAAGAAAAUUACUUAAACAUCCUUGGAUUUCUAAUGUUCGUAAACCAAAUAUAACUACUGAAUUUGAAGAUGCUAUAAAAUCUGUAAAAGAAUGGAAUGAAGCUUUAAAAGAUGCUAAAUUUGAAAAUCAUAAAAAAAAAAGAAGUGCUUCUAUAAAAUCUUCUGCUACUAUGCCUUCAAAAUCAAGAUCUUCUCUUUUUUCAACUACUUCUCCUCAAAUUCCUGAUUUUACUCCUCCUACUAAUACUUGGGAAAAUUUAUCUUCUACAAAUUUAAUUUCAAAUUCUUUAAAUCAACAAAAUAAUCGUUUAUCUGUAUUUCUUGAAUUACCUGAAGUUGAAGGAAAUAAUUGGGAUAAUGAUUUUGUAGAUUCUAUAUCUUUUUCUCAAAUCGUUGAUAUUCAAAAUAGGCAACCAAUUUCUAAUUCUGAUAUUCGAAAUAAACAAUCAAAUUAUGAAUCUUUUGAAGAUGAUAAUUCUCAAACUGUUCGUCCUUCUCAAUUUAAUCAUAAUGGUAUUAAAAAUCUUCAUUCAAUUCUAAAAAAUCCUGAUGAAGAUAAUAUUGAAAUUAAUGGUGGAUUUGUUGAUAAAUGUAAUGGAUUCGUUGAAAGUGUUCAAGAUACUAUAAUUCAUUUACCUUCAAAAUCUUCUUUGAAUAAUUCUAAUUCUAUUCUAAAUACUGAUGAAAUUAAACGAUAUACUAGACAUACUCGUUCUCAUACCACUAAUGAAGCACCUGUUUCAAUUAAUGGUAUAAUUAAUGGGGUAAAAAAGUGUUCAAAAAAACCUCCUCCUCCUUUAUCACCUCAAAAAUCUUCUUUAUUAACAACAAUGUCUGCACCAGCUUCACCAGCUUCAAGACCUCAAUAUGAUAUACAGCUAUCAAAUAAGAUUUUGAUUAAUUCAUCUCGUGAUGAUAGUAGUGAUGAAGAUGAUCCAUUUGCAGAAUUGGAAGAAAAAUUUGAUGAAAUGGAUAUGGAUGCACAUAUUGCUCGAGAUAAAUAUGCAAAUGCUUGUUCAAGAUUAGCUGAACUUAUAAAUUUUUUACAACCAAAUGAAAGUGAAGAUAAAUUGAUAAGUUCUUGCGUUCAAAUAAUUGAUCUAUUAACAGAACAUCAAGAACUUAAAAAUCAUUUUAUAAUCUUUCAUGGUGUUAUUCCUAUCACGGAAAUAUUAGAAAUUUGUGUUAACACUGACUUACUUUCAAAAUUAUUAAAAAUAAUUAACAUAAUAAUCGCUGAUAAUAUUGAUAUUCAAGAAAAUUUUUGUCUUGUAGGUGGUAUUCCAAUAAUCAUGAGUUUCACUUCAAAAAGAUAUUUAUAUGAAAUUAGAGUUGAAGCUGCAAUCUUUAUAAGGCAAAUUUGUCAUACAUCACCAAUUAUCUUACAAAUGUUUAUAUCAUGUCAAGGGUUAAAGAUUUUAGUUGAUUUUUUACAAGAAGAAUACUCUAAACAUAAAGAAUUAAUUUGGAUUGCGAUUAAUGGAAUAUAUAGUGUUUUUGAACUUCAAAGUUCAACUCCUAAAAAUGAUUUUUGUCGAUUACUAGCAAAAAUUGGUGUAUUAGACCCGUUAGCCAUUACCUUACAUAAUGUUAUAAUGGAUGAUGAUCCUUCAGCCAGUAUAUAUGUGGAUAGAAUUGUUAAUAUCUUUUUAAUGUUUUCUCGAGGUGACGUUUAUGUAAAAGAAUUUAUGGCUACACGUACACGAGUUGUUACUAGGAUUUUUGAAGACUUGUACAAAUUACCACCAUAUUUAAUUGUAGCAAUUCUUAAAUGUAUCAAGAACAUUUCUAUGCAUUCAAAUACUUUGGAUGCUUUACAAAAAGCAAAAGCAAUUCAAAUUCUUACGGCAUUAUUGGAUAAACAAGUUCCAUUAUAUGUAACUGAAAUUUCUAAUCAAGUACUUAAUACAAUGUUUAACCUUUGUCGAAUUAAUAAAUCAAGACAAGAAGAAGCUGCAAGAGCUGGACUUAUUCCUCAUUUGGUACAUUUCGCAUCAAAUAAUACACCACUUAGACAUUUUGCUAUUCCAAUUCUUUGUGAAAUGGCUCAUACAGGACAAGUUUGUCGUGAUUUAUUAUGGCAAAAUAAUGUUUUACAACUUUAUCUUAAUUUAUUAAUUGAUAAAUCUUGGCAAGUUAGUGCUUUUGAAGCUAUUCUUGCAUGGUUUCAAGAAGAAACUUCUAAUGUAGAAUCAAUUCUUUUACAACCAAAAAAUGUAAAAUUAAUUUUAGAUGCUUUUGUUGCUGCCAAAGCAAAUUCUUUUGAAAAUAUUCUUGAACCAUUACAUAUAAUAACACAAUUAUCUGCUCCUUUAACUUGUGUUUUAGUACAACCUAAAUUUUUUGAUCGUUUAUUACAUAGAUUUGGUCAUCCAAAACCUGUUGUAAGAUUAAAUUUAUUACGUAUUUUAAAAUCUAUUUGUGAUGUACAUCCACAACGUGAAGCUGUUAUUAAACGUUAUGGAUUAUUUGAAAUUAUUUUUAAAAUAAGUACUGAAGAUCCUGCUGUAUUAAUAAGAGAACUUGCAAAAGAAAUUUUACAACAAGGUUAUUUUAGUCUUAAAAAGAAUGGAUGUUAG